CUGAGGUAACCGAACCAACAAAAACCAUAACCACAAACAGGAAAAAGAAUUGAGAACUGAGAAGAAGACUGAUACUAAUUUAUGGUGAUGAUUGGAGAAAUGGCGGAAAAAAGUAAAGGAAUGAGCCACGUAAAGCAUAUUCCAAAAGAUGCUCAAGUUAUUAUGUCGAUUAUGAAGGACAUGGGUAUAAUGGAAUAUGAGCCCAGAGUUAUAAAUCAACUUCUCGAGUUUACAUACCGUUAUGUGACUUGCAUAUUGGACGACAGCAGGAUCUAUGCAAAUCACGCAAAGAAAAAGUUUAUAGAUCUGGAUGAUGUGAGACUGGCAGUGAAAAUGCAGUUGGAGAGGACUUUCACGAAUCCGCCGCCGAGAGAUGUGCUGCUGGACGUGGCCCGGAUCAAGAACAACGUGCCCCUGCCAUUCGUGAAGCCGAACAACGGCUUGAGACUGCCGCCGGACCGCUACUGCUUGAAUGUCACAAACUACAAGCUGAAGAAUGCUUCUUCGAGAAAGUCGAUGUCCGCCAAGUCUGGAAUGCACGGAAUCCUCGGAAUUGGAAGCAACAACCUGGGAGGAGGAGGCGGUGGCGGAGCAGCGAGACUCAAAAUGGACAGCAGCAACAAGUCGUCGUCGGCAGCUGCAGCAGCAGCAGCAGCAGCCGCCGCAGCUCUCUCUAUUGUCAAAAGACCGGGAACCCUGACCACUGUUGCCAGGACGCAGACCAUUUCCAUAACUAAACCUGCCUAUAAAGUGUCCGAAGGUGGAACAGUGGGAGCAGCCAAUACGGUUAAAGCACAGAUAGUAAAAUCAAAAAUGCCGCCAACACCCGGGCAAACCUUACCUACUGUCAAGAUUGAAAGUGAUUCAGCAGAGUCAGCAAAACGAAAGAGGGAAGACGAAGAUUACGAUGUUCCAUAAAAAUAAUAUUCCAUAAGAUCAUCAUUACUUGUAUCUAUCUUCCAAUGACUAUUUGUAAGUGUUUAAAUAUCCUAAUUGCGGAUCAAUGGUCUUCAAGUUCACUGUCCAUACGUGCGUUUUGUUUACGACAAAUAAUUUUUUUUUUCUUGCGAAAACUCUAAUAGAAAUUGUAAUUUUUUAAAUUGGGGCGAUAUUUUUUUUGAAAUACUGAGUGUGCAAGAGACUUGAUUCUACUGAUGUAUGUAUUUAAGUAUAUUAAAUAUAUUAAUCUUCAUU